AUGCCAACUACAACAGCACAACCAACAUCUACAGCCUCAACAACAGGAGCACAAAAAUCAACUGCUCCAAUAACAGUAGCAACAACAUCACAACCAACAUCUACAGUAGCAACAACAGCACACACCAACAUCCACUGCUCCAACAACAGUAGCACUAACAUCUUCUACUCCAACAACAGUAGCACCAACAUCCACUGUGCCAACAACAGAAGCACCAACAUCCACUGCGCCAACAACAGUAGCACCAACAUCCACUUUGCCGAAAACAGUAGCACAAACAUCUACUGUGCCAACAACAACAGCACAACCAACAUCUACAGUGGCAACAACAGCACAACCAACAUCUACUGCCCCAACAACACAGAAACCAUCAUCUACUGCCCCAUCAACAACAGCACAACCAACAUCUACAGUGGCAACAACAGCACAACCAAUAUCUACAGUGGAAACAACAGCAGAACCAACAUCAACUGCUCCAAAAACUGUAGCACAAACUUCUACUAUGCCAACAACAACAGCACAACCAACAUCUACAGUGGCAACAACAGCACAGCCAAAAUCUACUGCCCCAACAACUGUAGCAACAACAUCUACUGCGCCAACUACAGUUGCUCCAACAUCUACAAUGCCAACAACAUUAGCAACAACAUCUACUGCCCCAACAACAGAAGCACAAACAUCUACUGCCACAACUACAUGGAAACAACAGCAGCACCAACAUCAACUGCUCCAACAACAACAGCAGAACUGACGUCCACUGUGUCAACAACAGUAGCACAAACUUCUACUGGGCCAACAUCAACAGCACAACCAACAUCUAAUACGCCAACUACAGUUGCUCCAACAUCUACUAUUAGCAACAACAUCACAACCAACAUCUACAGUAGCAACAACAGCACAGCCAACAUCUACUGCCCCAACAACUGUAGCACCAAGAUCUACUGCGCCAACUACAGUUGCUCCAACAUCUACUAUGCCAACAAAAACAGUAGCACCAACAUCUACUGCCCCAACAACAGUAGUACAAAAAUCUACUGCCUCACCAACAGUAGCACAAACAUCAACUGCUCCAACAACAGUAGCAACAACAACAGUAGCACCAACAUCUAUUACCGCAACAACAGUAGCACCAACAUCCACUGCUCCAUCAACUGUAGCACCAACAACAGUAGCACUAACAUCCUCUGCUCCAACAACAGUAGCACCAACAUCCACUGCGCCAACAACAGAAGCACCAACAUCCACUGUGCGAACAACAGAAGCACCAACAUCCACUGCGCCAAAAACAGUAGCACCAACAUCAACUUUUACAAAAAAACCAAAAUCUACUGCCCCAACAACUGUAGCAACAACAUCUACUGCGCCAACUACAGUUGCGCCAACAUCUACAAUGCCAACAACAGUAGCACCAACAUCUACUGCCCCAACAACAGUAGCACAAACAUCUACUGCCCCAACAACAGUAGCACCAACAUCCACUGCACCAACAACAGAAGCACCAACAAACACUGCACCAACAACAGAAGCACCAACAUCUACUGCCCCAACUACAGUUGCUCCAAUAUCUACUGCUACAACAACACAGAACCAACAUCUACUGCCCCAUCAACAACAGCACAACCAACAUCUUCAGUGAGUUGCUCCAACAUCUACUAUUCCAACAACAAAAGCAGUAGUACUAACAUCUACUAUGCCAACAACAGUAGUAAAAACAUCUACUGCUCCAACAACAGCAGAAACGUCAUCCACUGUGGCAACAACAGUAGCACAAACUUCUACUGUGCCAACAACAGUAGGAAUAACAUCUACUGCGCCGAAUACAGUUGCUCCAACAUCUACUAUGUCAACAACAAAAGCAGCAGUACUAACAUCUACUAUGCUAACAACAGUAGUAAAAACAUCUACUGCGCCAACAAAAGUAGCACCAACAUCCACUGUGCCAAAAACAGUAGCACCAACAUCUACUGUGCCAACAACAACAGCACAAUCAACAUCUACAUUGGCAAAAACAGCACAACUAACAUCCACUGCUCCAAAAACAGUAGCACCAACAUCUACUGCACCAUCUACAGUUGCUCCAUCAUCUAUUGUGCCAACAAUAACAGUAGCAUCAACAUCUACUUUGCCACCAACAGCGGCACCAACAUCUACUCUGGCAACAGCAGUGGCACCAACAUUAACUGCACCAACAACAGUACCACCAACAUCUACUUUGCCACCAACAGUGGCACCAACAUCUACUUUGGCAUCAACAGCAGCACCAACAUCUACUGUCCCACCAACAGCAGCACCAACAUCUACAUUGGCAACAACAGUAGCACCAAAAUCUACAGUGGCAACAACAGUAGGACCAACAAUUACUGUACCAACAACAACAGCAGAACCAAGAUCCACUGUGGCAACAACAGCAGCACAAAUAUCUACUGCCCCAACAACACACAACCAAUAUCUACUGCUCCAACAACAGUAGCACAAACAUCUACUGUGCCAACAACAACAGCAGAACUGACAUCCACUAGUGGCAACAAAAGCACAACCAACAUCUACUGCUCCAACAACAGAUGCUCCAACAUCUACUAUGCCAACAACAAAAGGAGUAGCACUAACAUCUACUGUGUCAACAACGGUAGUAACAACAUCUACUGCUCCAACAACAGCAGAAAAAAUAUCCACUGUGUCAAAAACAGUAGCACCAACAUCUACUGUGCUAACAACAUUGCACCGAAAUCUACUGCUCCAACAACAAUGGAAUCCACAUCUACUUUGCCAACAACAAUGGCACCCACAUCAUCUGCGCCAACAACAUCGGCACCAACAUCUACUGCCCCAACAACCAUAGCACACACUUCAACUGCUCCAACAACAGUAGCACCAACAUCUACUGUGACAUCUACAGUUGCUCCAACAUCUACUAUUAGCAGCAACAUCUACCAUGCCAGCAACAGUGGCACCCGCAUCAACUGUGCCAAUAACAGUGGCACCAACACCAACUGCACCAACAACAUUGGCACCCACAUCUAUUGCGCCAACAACAGUGGCACCCACAUCUACUCUGCCAACAACAGUGGCAGCCGCAUCAACUGUGUCAACAACAGUGGGACCCACAUCAACUGCCCCAACAAAAGUGGCAACCACAUCAACUGCGCCAACAACAGUGGCACCCGCAUCUUCUACGCCAACAACAGUGGCACCCACAUCUACUGUGCCAACAACAGUGGCACCCACAUCUACUGCACCAACAACAGUGGCACCAAAGUCAGCUGCACCAACAACAGUAGCACCAACAUCUACUGCGCCAACAACAGUGGCACCAAAAACUACUGUGCCAACAACAACUGCAGAACAAAGAUCCACUGUGGCAACAACAGCAGCACCAAUAUCUACUUCCACAACUACAGAAACAGCAAUAUCUUCUGCCCAAACAACAGUAGCACCUACAUCUUCUGCCUCAACAACAGUAGCACCAACAUCUACUGCCCCAAGAACAUAGCAUCAACAUCCACCGUGUCAAAAACAGUAGCAACAACAUCUACUGUGCCAGCAACGGUGGCACCUACAUCUACUGUGCCAACAACAGUGGCACCGGCAUCAAUCGUGCCAUCAACAGUGGCACCCACAUCAACUGCCUCAACAAAAGCGCCACCCACAUCUACUGUGCCAACAACAGUGGCACCAACAUCAACUGCGCCAACAACAGUGGCACCCACAUCUACUCUGCCAACAACAGUGGCACCCGCAUCAAAUGUCAGUAACACCAACAUCAACUGCACCAACAACAACAGCAGUAGCACCAACAACAGUAACACCAACAUCUACUGUGCCAACAACAGUAGCACCAACAUCAACCACGCCAACAACAGUUGCACCCACAUCAACCGUGCCAACAACAUUAGCACCAACAUCUACUGUGCCAACAUCAACAGUAGCACAAAUAUCUACAGUGGUAACAACAGCAGCACAAUCAUCUACUGUGCCAAGAACAGUAGCACCAAUAUCUACUGUACCAACAACAGUGGCACCAACAUCAACUGCCCCAACAACAGUAGAACCAAAAUCUACUGUGCCAACAACAGUGGCACAAACAUCUACUGCGCCACCAACAGUAGCACCAACAUCUACUUUGCUACCAACAGUGGUGCCAACAUCUACUGUUCCAACAACAAUGGCAGAACCAACAUCUACUUGGCAACAACAUCAACUGCCCCAACAACAGUAGCACCAACAACUUCUUUGCCAACAACAACUGCAGAACCAAGAUCCACUGUGGCAACAACAGCAACACCAAUAUCUACUGCUCCAACAACAGUAGCACCAACAACAGCACAACUAACACCUAUAGUGUCAACAACAGCACAACCAACAUCUACUGCUCCAACAACAGUAGUACAAACAUCUACUUUACCCACAACAACAGCAAAACCGACAUCCACUUUGGCAACAACAGUAGCACAAACUUCUACUGUGCCAAAAACAAUAGCACAACCAACAUCUACUGAUCCAACAACAGCAGAAAUAAUAUCCACUGUGUCAAAAACAGUAGCACCAACAUCUACUGUGCCAAAAACAGUGACACCCACAUCAACUGUGCCAACAACAGCACAACCAACAUCUACUGCCCCAACAAAAGUAACACCAACAUAUACUGCCCCAACUACAGUAGCAAAAACAUCUACUUUGCUAACGACAUUGGUACCAACAUCUACUGUGCCAACAUCAACAGUAGCACAAACAUCUACAGUGGUAACAAUAGCAGCACAAACAUCUACAGUGCCAACAACAGUAGCACCAACAUCUACUGUGCCAACAACAGUAGCAUCAACAUCUACUGUGCCAACAACAGCAGCACCAACAUCUACUGUGCCAACAACUGUAGCACCAACAUCUACUGUGCCAACAACAGUAGCAUCAACAUCUACUGUGCCAACAACAGCAGCACCAACAUCUAAUGUGCCAACAACAGUGGUGCCAACAAAAUUUACACCAACAUCAAUUGUGCAAACAACAGUAGAACCAACAUCUACUUUGCCAACAACAGUGGCACAAACAUCAACUGCCCGAACAACAGUAGUACCAACAUCUACUUUGCCACCAACAGUGGUGCCAACAUCUACUGUGCCAACAACAAUAGCAGAACCAACAUCUACUGUGCCAUCAACAGUAGCACCAGCAUCUACUGUGCCAACAUCAACAGUAGCACAAACAUCUACAGUGGCAACUACAGCAGCACCAACAUUAACUGCUCCAACAAUAGCUUCACCAACAUCUACAGUGCCAUCAACAGUACCAGCAACAUCUACUGUGCCAACAACAGUAGCACCAUCAUCUGAUACACCAACAACAGUAGCACCAAUAUCUACUGCACCAACAACAGUAGCACCAACAUCCACUAUGCCAACAACAACAGCAGAACCAACAUCAACUGUGCCAACAACAGCAGCACCAACAUCAACUGUGCCAACAACAGUGGCACCAACAUAUACUGUGCCAACAACAGUGUCACCAACAUCUAAUGUGCCAAGAACAGCGGAACCAACAUCUGCUGUGACAACAACAGCAGAAUCAACAUCUUCUCUGUCAGCAACAAAAGUAGUACCAACAUCUACUGUUCAAAAAACAACAAUAGUAGCACCAACAUCUACUUUAUCAAGAACAACAACUACAACAACAUCUAGUGUGCCAAUUACAGUAGAACCAACAUCUACUGUGUCAGCAACAACAGUAGUACCAACAUCUACUGUGCAAAAAACAACAACAAAAGUAGUACCAAUACCUACUGCACCAACAUCAGGUGCACAAACAUCUGCUUUGCCAACAACAACAGCACCAACAUCUGCUGAACAAAUAACAACAGUGGCAACAUUACCUACUGUGCCAACAACAGCGGCAACAACAUCUACCUUGCUAAAAUCGACAGUAACACCCACAUCUUCUUUGCCAAAAACAGCUACAGCAGCACCAACAUCUGCAGCACCAACAUCUACAGUGUCAACAACAACAGCAGCACCAACAUCUACUGUGCCAACAACAGCAGCUUCAACAUCUACUGUGCCAACAACAAAAGCACCAACAUCUAUUGUGCCAACAACAGUGGCACCAACAUCUCCAGUGGCAACACCAACAGUAGCAGCUCCAUCAUCUACUGUGCCAUCAGCAACAGCGGCAAUAACCUCUGCUGUGCCAACAACAACAGCAGCACCAACAUCAACUGUGCCAACAACAGUGGCAUCAACAUAUACUGUGCCAACAACAGUGUCACCAACAUCUAAUGUGCCAAGAACAGCGGAACCAACAUCUGCUGUGACAACAACAGCAGAAUCAACAACUGCUCUGUCAGCAAGAACAGUAGUACCAACUUCUACUGUUCAAAAAACAACAACAACAGUAGCACCAACAUCUACUUUAUCAACAACAACAACAACAACAACAACAACAACAUCUAGUGUGCCAACAACAGUAGUAACAACAUCUACUGUGCAAAAAACAACAACAAAAGUAGUACCAAUAUCUACUGCACCAACAUCAGGUGCACAAACAUCUGCUUUGCCAACAACAACAGCACCAACAUCUGCUGUACAAAUAACAACAGUGGCAACAUUAUCUACUGUGCCAACAACAGCGGCAACAACAUCUACCUUGCUAAAAGCGACAGUAACACCCACAUCUUCUUUGCAAAAAACAACUACAGCAGCACCAACAUCUGCAGCACCAACAUCUACAGUGUCAACAACAACAGCAGCACCAACAUCUACAGUGUCAACAACAACAGCAGCACCAACAUCUACUGUGCCAACAACAAAAGCACCAACAUCUAUAGUGCAAACAACAACAGCGGCACCAAUAUAUUCUGUGCAAAUAACUACAUCAACACGAACAUAUACUGUGCCAAUAACAACUUCAACACCAAUGUCUAGUUUGCCGAUAAUAAAUUCAGCACCAACAUUAACUCAGAAAACAACCACAACAGCAGCACCAACGUCUACUGUGCCAAGAACAACAUUGGCACCAACAUCUACUGUUCCAACAACAACAGCACCAACAUCUUCUGUGCCAACAACAGCAGUAGCACCAUCUUCUGUGCUAACAAUAGCACCACCAACAUCUACUGUGUCAAACACAACAAUAGGUCCAUUAAUAUCUACAACACCAGAAACUACUCCAGCUAUAACAACAGCAGCACCAAAAUCUACUGUAUCGACAAAAACAUUAACACUAUCAUCUAUUGUUUCAACAACACCUAUAGCACCAGCAGCUACUAUGCGAACAACAACUAGAGCACCAACAUCUACUGUGGCAACACCAACAUCUUCCUUGCAUGCAAUCCUUACAGCUGCACAAACUUCUAAGGCCAAUUCAACGACAGCCAAGUUCAAUUCCUCCACUCAGUUAACUGCUAAAACAACAGCACUGAAAACCGAUUUUGUCCCUGUGACAAAAUCAUCUACAAGAAUACCCACUACAACUAGAAAAGCUACAACUAAAACUACUUUAACCACUACUUCAACCACCACAACAACCCGGCCAACCAUCAAAACCACCACUGUAUCCAAAGAUCCUCCUGGGCGUUUAGAAGGCUUCUUGUUUUUGAACAUCCAAGUCAGACGUAAUUUCACUGUAGCACUCUCUGAUUCAGCAACAACUGAGUAUCAAAGUCUUGCAAGAAACAUCACAAUAGAGCUGAAUCGUGGAUAUUUGAUUUUAUAUCCAUUCACUUUCCUGAGGUGUAUUAUUAUUCGAUUCAUGCCUGGUGUAUCACGCAUAAAUCGUAGAGACCUGAGAAAUGACACCAUUCUCUCUAAUAUAGUAAAUGUUGAAACACAGCUGAUCUUUAAAAAUCAGUCAGUUGUACCAAAUAUAACCAAUGCUGUGGAAUCGCUAAGAUCAGCCCUAAAUGCCUCUCAAGUUUUCCUUGAUAUCAUCCCCUCAAGCAUCACGGCAGUGGCAAGAAAUGAUACUGCAACAACAUCUGCACCAAAUACAACUAUCAUGACAACAAACAUCCCUACUGCUCUCACAACAUCCAGCACAUCUUUUCUGAAGACCAGUGUAAUGCAAAUUAUCUGCUUCAUGUUUCCUGUUCUUCUCAUUUACUUAUAAACAGCUGAAUAAAUCAUGACACUGAGCAGAAUUCAGUUCAACUACACCCAGCACCUUAAGGAAUGAUGAUUUCUAAAAACUAAUUUAUAAAAUAAAUACUUUUACUCACAAUGAUCUUCAAAUGCUUUUUUUGGUUAAAUUUUUUUAAUGUAAAUUAUUUUAAAAGUGUUUUAAGUGUGAAGUGCCAACAGCCAUUGUA